CUGCCACGUGCUGUGUAAAGCACCACAGGAGAAGGGAAGACAGAUAAGAGCUGUGGCACAUUUAAUACAACUAUUUUCUCAUCACUAUUACGCUGAUGACUGAUAGAAUUAGGUGCUUCAAUUUUCUUUAGGUAUUUUUAUCAGGAUGGAAUUGAAAGAACCCAUCAGGAAGUAUAUAACGUAUUACAUCAAUGGACGGUGUUUUAAAGUAUUCAUGUCGGUGGUUAGUGCCGUGCCGUUCAUGAGGCCGCUGCACAUGCGCUCUCCGGGGCCACAAGGCAGACGACACACGCUGCCCGCCAGCGAGUUCCGCUCGCUCAGUCCGGAGGAUGCGAUCAGCGUGUUCGAGAUCGAGAGAGAAGCCUUCAUCUCGGUGUCCGGCGAGUGUCCGCUUCACCUGGACGAGGUGCGUCACUUCCUCACCUUGUGUCCCGAACUGUCUCUCGGCUGGUUCGAGGAGGGGCGUCUGGUGGCCUUCAUCAUCGGAUCCCUGUGGGACCAGGACCGGCUGACCAUGGAUGCCCUGACAUACCAUAAACCUCAUGGCACCACCGUGCACAUCCACGUCCUGGCCGUGCACCGCACCUUUCGGCAGCAGGGCAAAGGUUCCAUCCUGAUGUGGCGCUACCUGCAGUACCUGCGCUGCCUGCUGUACGUGCGCCGCGCCGUGCUCAUGUGUGAAGACUUCCUGGUUCCCUUCUACCAAAAGUCUGGUUUCAAGGUGCAGGGACCGAGUGAGAUCACAGUGGGACCCCUGACCUUCAUCGAAAUGGUCUACCCAGUGCGGGGCCACGCCUUCAUGCGGCGGAACAGCGGUUGUUGAAGAGUUGAAGAAGCACUUCUGAGCUAUUUGAUCACAUGACUGUUGCUGGGCAACAGGAGGUGAUGGAACUGGAAGAACAUUUUGUGAUCUGCUGACUGUUUUGUCAUGUUGUUGGUGUGAUAAGUGCAGGGCAUUUAUCGGGACGCCCACUAGAACAUAGCUGCCUUUCAUCCUCUCUUAAAACAAUAUUUUAUUUUGGCUUCUGCUUCUUGAAAAGUUGGACUCUCAGAAGAUGGCGCUACGUUGAAUUCAAUCCACGAUGAAUGUGACGUACUCACCCAUAAUUCAAAUUGUAUUUUUCACACAUCAUCCUCUGAUAUUUGACACCUAUCGCUGCCUGCCAAAUAUUUAUCAGCAUUGUUAUAUUUUACACAUACAAUUGUCCUCUAAUACAUAUUUUGUUUAAAAAAAAAUAAAGUUUAUUUUUUAAAAUUGCAGCAGCAUCAUCACUUCAUUGUCAGCUCCCGGUUGAGUCUUUAGUGUUCACACUUCAUCAUCCACUUUAUUAUUCAUCACAUUCACCAACUUUUUUCAGGCAAGUGCCCCUUUUCUUUUACUGCUACCCAGGCACCGGGUGACCAGAAGUUCUUCCCACAGACUGAACUCCAGUAAUCUGGUAACUACCGUAAUCCUUAGCACCACUGCGAUAACACCGGCUUUACAGGCUGCAGGCGGUCAACACCUGCCAACAUGAAAACAAAGUGAAACAUAUAACACUGCUGUCCUUAUCAACAUGGAAGCGGUAGAUAAUAUUUGGUAACACAACUCUCCUACGGAACGACAAGUCUUGCCUUUAAACUCCCAUCAAGUCAUUUUGAUACUGACACAGUCAAGGUCUCCUUUUGUGAGGCUCUAUACACAAUUCAAUUGUAACAAACUCAAACAGUUAAGGGCCAUUCAGCAGUGAAAGACUGCCUUCAACUGGAACUAGAAGUCUCGACAGACAGAGUAAUAUUUUUUGUUAUUGGAGGGU